UAUAGACCUGUGCCGGCUCAGAGUUUAUGUCAUGUAGUUUGCAUUUUCAAUGUUUGCAUUUCAAUAUUUGAAUAAUGACAGAAAGUUUGUCGUGACCUUUAGUAAACGCUCACUGCUCAUUAGUAUCCUCAUAGUACAGGUGAGAUGGCUGAUUCUACUGAGGGUUACACUGAAUUCCAGCAUAAUGGUCUAUUACCCUCAGCACUAAUUGCUCUCCUAGCCGGGCUGGUGAUACAUUCAUUUAUUAUAGCCAGCAAUGUCUAUGAUUGGUGGGAAGGAAGAUCGGUGACUCCUGUUGACCACAUUGUAACCUCUCUUGGGAUUUCACAGAUGUGCUCUCAGUGUGCAAACACUCUAGAUUUGUUUUUAGGUCUGAGCUUUAUUAUUCGGAAUGUGCGUUCACGUGUAACUUUACUUAUUAUAGAUGUAGUUUAUGCUUUCUUUACUGGUACCAAUGUUUGCCUAACAGCUCUGCUCUCCAUUGUCUUCUGUCUGAAGAUCUCCAACUUCCACACCAGACUGUUCCUAUACCUGAGGAGGAUGAUACUACAGAGGACUGUUUUUUUUAUUGUAGCCUCAGUGCUUCUCUCCUUUUUUAAUUGUUUGAUGGCCUUGUCGAUGACUCUCACUGAGGUGACCAAAGAUGGAGCAUACAAAAUAACCAGCCAUCUGUUCUUGAAUUGCUCUAAUAUUAAUAAUCUAUACCACUUUUCUAUUGGAUGCUUCUUUCCACUGCUUUUUUAUUACUUCUCAUCCAUCCUCCUCUUCAGUUCGCUGUAUUAUCACGCAACAAGGAUGAAGAUGAACAAAAAUGUAACCAUCAAUUUAGAGACAUAUUACUCAGCGAUGAAAUUUGUGUCCUUCACUUUCAUAUAUAACACUGUAUAUUCCAUUGGCCAUUUUUUGUGUGCUUUUUAUUACUAUUUGCACUGUGUGAGCCUUCCAUGGCUUUUUAUUUUCUUGGGAUUUCUCCCAGCUCUACAUUCCUCCUACCUGAUCUACAGAACAGCCAAACUCAGGAAUCGGAUGUCCAAGGUUCUUCAGAAUGUGAUUGAUUUCUUAUUCCAAAAGAAAGAUUAA